AUGGCUAGCAUUAAACCACCAAAGCCGUUGCUCGUCAACAACGAUAUAGACAUGGCAAGCGAAUGGUCCGAUUGGAUAGAUGAGUACAAUAACUAUUUCAUUGCCGCGAAAAUAAACGCGGAAACGGCAGAAGUGCAAGUGGCAAACUUGCGAGCAUCGUUAGGCAGAGAUGCUAACAAAGUCUUAAAAAAUUUGGGCUUAAGCAGUGAACAAUUAAAAAAUAUAGAACACAUUAAGAGAAAGUUAACCGAACAUUUUGCGCCGCCUAAAAAUAAAACGUACGAAAGAUGCCAAUUUCAUCGCAUCAAGCAGCAACCGAAUGAAUCAUUCGAAGAUUUUCUACAAAAACUCAGAGAGCAAGUAAGACAUUGCUCCUACGGGGAAAAUAUGGAUGAAUUUAUAAUGGACCAAAUAGUGCUAGGUAUUUGUUCAGAUGCCACGCGACAAAAGUUGUGGAUCGAAGAAAAUUUGACAUUAGAAAAAACAAAAAAAAUUUGCAGAGCUGCUGAGAGGGCGGGAAAACAAAUAUCAGAGCUUAGUAAUGAAGCCAGCAUCAACGCAAUAAAUGUUCGCGGAGACCGCGAGAAAGUCUUCCAGUGCAGUCGUUGCGGUUUGGAACAUGGGCUUCGUUGUUGUCCGGCAUUCGGAAAAGAGUGUCGUGCGUGUGGCUACAAAGGUCACUUUGAAAAAAUGUGCAAAGCCAGAAAUGAAAAAAAGAACAGGAAUGGUAACAGAAACGUAAAAAAAGGUAAAGGCGCGAAAUCUAAGAGAGUUCACGUACUACAACAAAUGGAUGAUAGCGAAAGCUAUGAAACGGAGAGCGAAUGUGGAGAUUUUAAGUACGUGAAUGUUAUACACACCUAUAGGGAAAAUAAACAAUGCUACGGAAAAUGGCAUGCAAUGGUUAAAGUUGGGUCGCAUACGUUGAACCUUAAACUAGAUACCGGUGCAGAUUGUAAUGUGCUUCCAUUAAAAGAAGCAAAACGGUUAAGUGCUAAAAUUGUAAACUCGGGCACAAAGCGGCUUGUUGCAUAUAAUGAACAAACAAUAAAUGUAAUCGGUGAAACAACAUUACACUGUAAAGCACCGAAAAAUAGUGCACGUGUCGUGUUUAAAAUCGUGCGCGAAAAUCUUCAACCUAUACUGGGUCGCGAAUGGUGUGAACAACUCGGUUUCAUUGUACGUGUUAACGAAUUAAAAAGCAACCAUACACAAGUGGUUAGCAAAAACUCACAGACCUUAGGGUGUUGCAAAGACUUUAAGUACGACAUUGAUUUUAUAGAGAAUCCUAAGUUUAAGAUUAUUCCGGCCAGGAGAAUUCCAUAUUCUUUGCGCGAUGACGUAAAAAAAGAACUUAACAAUAUGGUAAAAUUGAAAGUAAUCGAACCAAUAAGCGAACCAACACCUUCCGUCAGCCCAAUGGUGAUUGUAAAAAAGGGCACUAAAAUCCGUAUUUGUAUGGAUCCAACCGAGCUAAAUAAAAAUAUUAAGCGCAGGCACUUCCCUUUAAAAACGGUGGAAGAAAUAGCAUCCAGAAUUGCGGGCAGCAAAUAUUUCACAAAGCUUGACUGCCAAAAGGGGUUUUGGCAGUUAAAAGUGACAGACAGAACAUCAAAAUAUCUUACAUUCGCUACGCCAUGGGGUCGUUUUAGAUAUUUACGCUUGCCAUUUGGGAUAUCGUCGGCACCUGAAGUGUUUUCUGAAGUAAUGAGUCGAACGUUAGAAAAUAUACCAAACUGCGAGGUAGCAAUGGACGACAUUUUUCUGCAUGCACCAACAGAAACUGAACUUCGAAGGCUCACAAAAACGGUCACCGAUCGUCUACAUAAAUCUGGUUUUACGCUAAAUAACGAUAAAUGUGAAUACAACAAAAAAUUCAUGAAAUUCUUAGGACACAUCUUCACUGAGAGUGGAUAUAAAGCAGACAGCGAUAAAAUUGAUGCCAUCACGCGUCUCAAAGCACCAAAAAACGUCAAGGAGUUGCAGCGCGUAUUAGGUAUGUUAAAUUACCUCGGAAAAUUUAUUAAAAGUUUGUCUGAGCUUACAGAUCCCCUUAGAAGCUUACUACUCAAAGACAAUGCUUGGUUCUGGGGUCCUGAACAGGAAAAAGCUUUUAAUGCAAUUAAAAAAGCCUUAACAACAACACCAGUGCUCGCAUAUUACCAUGCUAACAAGCCAGUGAAAUUAUCUGUUGACGCUAGUAGUAAAUCAAUGGGGGCAUGUUUGAUGCAAGACGAUCAGCCAGUCGCAUACGCCACGCGUUCCUUUACUAAGUCACAGCAGAAUCACCCACAACUUGUAAAAGAAGCAAUGGCGAUUCGAUUUGCCUGCAAUAAAUUCCAUGAGUAUGUUUAUGGUAAAGACUUAGUAAUCGAAACUGACCAUAAGCCACUCGAAACUAUUUUCAAAAAAGCUUUGCAUAACGCACCUUUACGACUACAAAGAAUCUUAUGGGACAUAAUUCAAUAUGCACCGAAAGUAAUUUACGUAAAAGGUUGUAAGAUACCAAUCGCUGACACACUUAGUCGCGACUGCGAGCCAAACGAGGUUGAGGAAGAAGAAGAAUAUCAAGUCAACGUCACAAUAUCCAAUUCCAUGGAUGAGCAUCUCUAUAAGCUUUUCGUCGAUGAAACAGAAAAAGAUUCGGAGCUACAAAUGCUUAAAACUGUCGUUCUUAACGGUUGGCCAGAAACCGGUCAAAAAUUACCGGCAGCCAUAAAAAAAUAUGCCACUGUUAAAGAUGAAAUCAUUUUCGACGGUGGGUGUCUGUUUAAAGGCAACAAAAUCAUAGUCCCGAAAUCGCUUAUUAUAAAGAUAUUACCACAAAUUCAUUCCGGACACAUAGGCUUAACCAAGGCUUUAGAAAGAGCUCGACAAUCCUUAUACUGGUAUGGGCAAUCUACGGAUAUAAAGAACUUUAUAGACAAAUGCGCUGCAUGCCAGCAAACGCAAAAAGCGAAUGUGAAAGAGCCAACCAUUAUUAAACAAAUACCACAAUAUCCAUUUCAAAUAGUGUCUUCGGAUAUUUUUCACUACAAAGGCUACGAGUACUUGUUAAUAGCUGAUCAGUAUUCAGGGUUCUUUGAUUUUAAACAACUGAAGUCGUCAACAGCAACGGAAGUCAUUAUUUGCUUACGACAGUGGUUCUCAACACAUGGCAUUCCAGAGGUCUUCGAAAGUGAUGGCGGCCCGCAGUACACGGCAAAUAAAUUUAAGGAAUUUUCAAAGGAAUGGGGAUUCAAACAUCGAUUUUCUUCACCGCAUUAUCCUAGGUCGAAUGAUGGCUCAGACAUUUACAAAGGGCUUCUAACGCUGCGUAAUACCGACCGUAAUGCUAAAUUAAAAUCACCAGCUCAGCGUUUAUUUAGUCGUGUCACCAGAUCAACCAUCCCGACAGACAUAACCCAACUAAUACCAAAGGUAGUGCCAAAGGUUCCGGAAGAACUCUUUCGAUUACGUUGCAGCCAAAAACAAUAUGCAGACCGGGGCGCUAGUCAAAGACCAAAGCUGAAAACAGGUGAAAAAGUAUUGCUACAGAAGGGACAUCGUGAAUGGAUACCAGCAAAAGUAAUAUCCGAAACGCAAUAUCCCCGUUCCGUUAUAGUACAAACUGAAAGCGGAGCGAUUUAUCGCCGAAACAAUCACCACUUGCGCAAAACUGGAGCUACUAUUCCCGAUGCGGAGACAAGCGCUGAGACACGCGAGACUGACAGCCAGCAAGCCUCCAGUAAACCAAUAGAAGAGCUUUCAAACGAACCUGCAGUAUCGAGCGGCGAACUAACGCCAAGUAUCAGCUCGCCAACUAUCCGAACGCGAAGUGGACGCGUGGUAAAGCCGGUACAAAGAUAUGGACAUACUCAUACUUACUGA